AUGAGUCUGGUGGCACCAUUCAGUGCGGACCUGGCGCGAGAGGUACUGGUCAAAGUGAUGGAGCUGUAUUUCUGCGAGAGGUGUGGCCAGAGCUUCCCGGAGGCCUCCCUGCUGUCCCAGCACCAGUGCCUGCUGCUGGCCCCCCCGGGGCACCUGGAGCUCCCUGGGGUGCUGUCGGCUUCCACCAGCGAGGGCCAGAGCAAGCCGGAGGGCUCGGAGCCGCCUGGAGCAGGCACGCAGGAGGGCUCCGCAGAAGAAGGGCAGGAGGAGGCAGGGAAUUGCCACGCUGGCUGGGAUGCUGCCGCAACAGAUGCCAGGCCAGCAAACCCCACAGGCACCGGGGAGGGCUCCUUGGAGGGGCAGAAAGCGUCAGCUGGAGAAGAAGAGUUGGAGAGCGGUGGGGAUGAGUCGCCGGAGGAGGAUGGCAAGAGCCCCUGCGAAGGCGAGGCCAAAGAGGGUGGGAAGGCGGCUCCUGAGGAAGGCAGAGUGCCGCGGGCGCAGCACUUCAGAGGUGACGUCGCGGAGGGCUCCGAGUACCUCUACAAAACCCACAUGUGCCCCGAAUGCAAGCGAUGCUUCAAGAAGCGGACGCACCUGGUGGAGCACCUCCACCUGCACUUCCCCGCCCCCAGCCUGCAGUGCCCCAACUGCCACAAGUACUUCACCAGCAAAAGCAAGCUGAAAAUCCACAUGAUGCGGGAGACGGGUGAGAAGGCCCACCGCUGCCCGCUCUGCCACUACAGCUCAGUGGAGAAGAACGCCCUGAACCGCCACAUGGCCAGCAUGCAUGAGGACAUCUCCAAUUUCUACUCCGAUGUUUACUCCUGCCCCGUCUGCGAGGAGAAGUUUCGGCUCAGCCAGGCCCUCAAAGAGCACUUGAAGACUCACAAAGCCGAGCCCAAGAGGCUGAGCUGCUUCCAGGGGGGCUGCAGCUACUAUGCGGAGGAUCGGAAGGAGUUUGUCCAUCACCUCAAGGAUGCUCAUGGCAUCAAGGCAGUGGAGUGCAAGUACCAUGCCUGCUCGCUGCUCUUUGGCACGGCCGAAGCCAUGGAGGCUCACCGAAAAACCCACUACGCCUUCCACUGCCAGCAGUGUGACUUCAUCUGCUCCAACAAGCACGUUUUCCGCAAGCACAAGAAGCAGGGGCAUCCGGGCAGCGAGCAGCUCCAGUGCAGCUUCUGCCCCUACACCACUUUCAACCCCGUGGAGUUUCACGACCACGUGGGCAAGAUGCAUGCCAACGAGAAGAUCCACAAGUGCACCGAGUGCGCCUUUGCCACCGCGCACAAGAGGGUGCUCAUCCGGCACAUGCUGCUGCACACCGGAGAGAAACCUCACAAGUGUGAGCUCUGCGACUUCACGUGCCGGGAUGUGAGCUACCUGUCCAAGCACAUGCUGACCCACUCCAACGACAAGAACUUCAUGUGCACCGAGUGCGGGUACAUCACCAAGUGGAAGCACUACCUGAACGUCCACAUGCGCAAGCACACUGGCGAUCUCCGGUACCAAUGCAACCAGUGCUCGUACCGGUGCCACCGUGCCGACCAGCUGAGCAGCCACAAGCUGCGGCACCAGGGAAAAAGUCUGAUCUGUGAGGUGUGUGGCUUUGCUUGCAAGCGCAAGUACGAGCUGCAGAAGCACGUGCAGGUGAAACACUCGCAGAACUACCAGGUGCCUGUCUUCCAGUGCCAGUACUGCGCCUACCAGACGAAGUACAAGCAGGCGCUGCUGAAACACGAGAACUGCAAGCACACCAAGCAGAAGGAGUUUCGCUGCGCCCUCUGCUCCUACUGCACCUUCAGCAACACCAGCCUCUUCUUCCACAAGCGCAAGAUUCACGGCUACGUCCCCGGUGACAAGGACUGGCUGGAAAAUUACGCCAGCAAGGAGCUGGAGAUCAGCUCGUCCGAGGCGCUCUUGGGCUGCGAGCUCGGCGCAGCCCUGCGUGUGGAUGCCAGCUUCCCCCUUGCUGGCAAGGAGCAGUGGGCGAAGGUGAAGCCAUCCCAGCUGGAGUCCCAGGGGGAAGGAGGCUACCAGCAAGCAUUUGUGGUGGCCCUCCUCGGGUGGGAUGUCGCUCCGCCGGAGAGCGGUGGUGAGGUGGAGAAAGGCGUGGGCGAGGGGGAGCAGAGCUGUCCCACCGCUGGUGAUGCCCUGGGCGAUGGCUGCGUGCAAGGAGAUGCUACUGCAGGCUCGACUGAGCUCGCUGCCUCUGGGGAUGUGGCGGAGAGCUGCACAUUGCACUUGAAGGCACUGAACACCUCGUCUGACCCCCUCCUGAAGCAUUUGACUGGAGAAUCCUGCAUGGUAGAGCCGGAGAGUGUGGAAAUGCUGUCCUGCAAGGAGCCUCCCACAGCCUGCGAGAUGCUGGGCUCCCGGGAUGACCUUGGCUUGGAGGACAAUGACAAUACACUCGAAGACAUCCCGGACUUUGAGGAGGAGGCGGCGGAUGUACAGGAGGGUGAGGCAGCGAGGCUGGAGGACAGGGUAGCAACAGGAGACAGCCAGGGAAAAGACUCCCGGAGGCAGGCCACGGGCCAGCUCGAGGGGUUGUGCUCGGACCACCACAAGCUGGUGGCAGACACCGAGGUGAGGGAGACCAGCCAAGCCGAGCUGCCGGAGGCCUGGCUCAGCGUGCUGAAGACGGCUGAGCAGAGCCACCCACCUGUCCCAGAGGAUGCGGCCACCUCCAAUGAUGAUGCCAGGGGCGGCUCGGAGUCGCUACUGAAGGCGCUGCGGAAGCAGGACAAGGAGCAGGCGGAGACGUUGGUGCUGGAGGGCAGGGUGCAGAUGCUGGUGGUGCAGUCAGAGAGCCAGAUCUUUAAGUGUGAGAAGUGCUCGUACAUCACGCGGAAGGAGAAGUCCAUGUCCCUGCACUCCAAGGCCAGCUGCCAGAGCCGCCGGGCCCCGCUCAUGUGCCGCGAGUGCGGUGCCAGCUUUAAGCAGCAAAGGGGGCUCAACACCCAUCUCCUCAAGAAGUGCCCGGUCCUCAUGAAGAAGAACAAGAUCCUCAGACCAGCUGGUCAGGAGCCUGCUGGGUUGUGCCAACCUGCCGACCAGCCUGGUGAUAACGGUACAGAAACGACAGAGAGCGAGAGUGGAGGCUCGGAGGAGUCCAGGCAUGCCAAGAGCCUCUGGGAAGCUGAACUGGUGCCUGAUAAAAUGCAGGCAGUAAGCAGUUCCUUGGCCAAGGAACAGACCUUGGGCUGUCCUGCCCCUGAAAAAUCCCUGCGGAGUGUGAGCACAGAGGUGGCAGAAGAGCCUCCCCAGCAAGGGGGUGGGCCUGAGCCAAGUGGAGCUGCUUGUCCCCCCCAGCCUGGAAAGCCCUCAGAGAAAUACCGUCUGGAGGGAGGGAAGCUGCGCUGCAAUGCCUGCCCGUUUGUGUGCUCCCGUGUAUCCACCAUCACCUCCCAUGUGGAGGACGGGUGCCGGAGCCUGGAGCGGUUCUGGUGCUCGCUGUGCCCUGAGGCCUUCCGUUCCCAGCGGGCCCUCAAGAGUCACCGUGCUGAGAAGCACAUCGUGCGUCCUGAGGAGGGUGGACCCCAAAGCACUGAGCUCCCCAGAGGGGACCGGGCCAGUGGUGAGACGGGCCAGCCCGGGGAGCCCCCCCUGGAUGCAGCCCCCCCGAAACCCCCCCCGCCCAAGAGAAGGCGGCCAGCCGCCCCCCAGGACAACCCCCUGCGGUGCCCCUUCUGUGACUUCACCUGCUGCCACCAGCUUGUCUUCGACCAGCACAUGAAGGGCCACGGGGGCACCCGCGUGUACAAGUGCUCCGACUGCGAGUACACCACCAAGAACAGGCAGAAGAUCACAUGGCACAUCCGCAUCCACACUGGCGAGAAGCCCUACAAGUGCCACCUCUGCAAAUACGCCUGCGCCGACCCCUCGCGUCUCAAGUACCACAUGCGGAUCCACAAGGAGGAGCGGAAAUACCUCUGCCCCGACUGCGGCUACAAGUGCAAGUGGGUGAACCAGCUCAAGUACCACAUGACGAAGCACACGGGCCUGAAGCCGUACCGCUGCGACGAGUGCGAGUACUGCACCAACCGGGCGGACGCCCUGCGGGUGCACAAGGAGACACGGCACCGGGAGGCCCGAUCCUUCAUCUGCGAGCAAUGCGGCAAGGCCUUCAAGACCCGCUUCCUCCUCAAGCCCCACCUGAAGAAGCACAGCGAGGAGAAGCCCUACGUCUGCAACGCCUGCGGGCGGGCUUUCCGCUGGGCAGCCGGCCUGCGCCACCAUUACCUGACCCACACCAACGAGCACCCCUUCUUCUGCCGCUACUGCCCCUACAAGGCCAAGCAGAAGUUCCAGGUCAUCAAACACAUCCAGCGGCAUCACCCUGAGCGCGGGGCCGGCGACCCCAGCCAGGGGGUGGGCAAGGACCCCAGCACGCCCACCGUCCACCUCCAUGCCGUGCAGAGGGAGAGCCGGGCAGAGGGGCCCCCCGGGACGGAGCAGGAAGGGGGGUGCUCCACAGAGAAGGACGUCGCUUCGCCGUGA